AGAGGGAUAGAGGGAGCAGUUGACAACUCUACCUAACUCCUUCAUUCAUCAUUUACUAUUUCAUAUAAGAUACCCCAAUCUUUUUCACUUUUUGUACUUAAUUUUCUAAGAAACUUUUUGCGCUCUUUAAACUACUCAACUGGUCUCACUGGUAAGGGGAAAUCCUAUAUCCAAUUAUCUUUUGAUCUCAAUGCUUAAUUAUGAAGUUUAUUGUUCAGAAAAUCAUACAAACAUGGCUCAAGGGACAAAUUCAGAUGAGCCAGUUGUCAUUGGGGAGGAAGUAGGCAAUGUGAGAUUGAUUACACUGAAUCGGCCUCGCCAUCUCAAUGUGAUAUCGCCAGAAACGGUGUCUCUUUUAGCAGAAUAUUUGGAGAACUGGGAGAAGGAUGAGAAUGUGGAGCUUAUAUUAAUCAAGGGAGCUGGACGUGCAUUUUCUGCAGGAGGAGAUUUACGUGUGUUCUAUCAGGGAAAGAACUCAAAGGAUGCCUGCUUGGAAGUUGUUUACAGGAUGUAUUGGCUUUGCUAUCACAUUCACACAUACAAGAAAACUCAGGUUGCUCUUGUCAAUGGUUUUUCCAUGGGUGGAGGUGCAUCACUGAUGGUUCCUAUGAAAUUUUCUGUUGUGACGGAAAAAACAACAUUUGCUACUCCUGAAGCCGCUAUUGGGUUUCACACUGACUGCGGUUUCUCAUACAUGCAUUCUCGACUGCCUGGUCACUUGGGCGAGUUUUUAGCUUUAACAGGAGCAAGGUUAAAUGGCCCAGAGUUGGUCGCAUCUGGACUGGCUUCUCAUUUUGUGCCAUCAGAGAAAUUGCCUGAGCUGGAGAAACACUUGGUUAGCUUGAAUAAGGGAGAAAACGAUGCAGUCAAGUCGUUGAUUGAAGAAUUCUCUUCCAAAGUUCAGAUUGACGAAAACAGCAUUCUAAACAAGCAGUCGACAAUUGAUGAAUGCUUUUGUAAGGAUUCUGUUGAAGAAAUUAUACAAUCAUUUGAAGCUGCAUCAUUAAAAGAAGGAAAUGGAUGGAUUGUCCCGAUUCUUAAAGGGCUGAAACGUUUUUCUCCUACUGGACUUAAAAUCACAUUGAGAUCAGUACGCGAAGCGAGAGAGCAAAGCUUGGCUGAAUGUCUGAAAAGAGAGUUUAGACUAACAAUAAACAUAUUGAGAAGCUGUAUAUCAGGUGAUGUGUAUGAGGGAAUCAGAGCUCUCACAAUUGACAAAGAUAAUGCACCAAAGUGGGACCCAGACAGCCUAGAGAAAGUGAAAGCUGAGGAUUUGGACAACGUAUUCCAGCCAUAUGAGGCUCAUCUUGAACUUCAAGUUCCAGAAAAGGAAGAAUGCAGGUGGGAUGGAAAGUAUGAGAAUUCAGCUUAUGCAACAUCAAAAGUGUAAGUCAAAAAAGGAUUAUCAGAAUUCAGUCUGUGUAAUUUGAAACUGUCAUUGAAUAAUGUAGUGCCAAUGGGUUUGAAUCAAACAUUUAACCAACCAAGUAAUUGUAAUAAUAGUAUCUCUCAGAUAAUUUAUGUUCAAUAAUCAAGACUCAUGUUUUUAUUCA